AUGUCCUCGGCGAAGUCCUCGCUUCGGAUAGCCGUCAUCGGCGGAGGCAUAUCAGGCCUAUUCGCCGCGCUUUCGCUCCACUACCACUGCGGAAGCCAAGUGAGCAUAGAUAUAUACGAACAAGCAUCCCAAUACAAAGAGAUCGGCGCAGGCGUCGGCAUUGGCGUGAAUGCCGUCAAACUGUUGGACAAGAUCGGCCUUGGGGAGAGAGUUGCUGCCAUCUCCGGCGAUCGUAACGGCGUGUGGAUUUCCUUUCGUCGGUUCGACGACAAUGCUGAGAUCAUCACUGUCCCUGCUGUCGAGGGCAAGGUUCGGCAGUGCUCGGUGCAUCGCGCCGAGUUCCUGGAUAUUCUGCUCGCGGCGAUCAAAGAACGAGGUGCUGCUAGGCUGUGGACGAACAAGCAAUGCCGCUCCAUCUCAAAUAACGGCAGCGACGUAACAGUCCACUUUGUCGACAACACCAGUUCCACCGCAGACCUAGUCAUAGGCUGCGACGGGAUCCAUUCCGUCAUCCGCUCACAAUACAUCGUCGACAAGCCGCAGUACAGCGGCCGCAUUGCGUACCGCGGCCUGGUACCGAUUGAGCGGCUAAAACCCUGGUGGCCGUUCCCUUCAUACUCUGCUAGUUGGCUAGGCAUCGACAAGCAUUUUCUCGCCUACCCCAUCAGCAAAAACGACACUUUGAAUAUCGUAGCCUUUGUCACGGAAGAUGAAAGUCCGCUGGAUGGCCUGCAAGAGAGCUGGACGGCUACUGCGACACGGGGAGAGCUGGCGAGCAAAUUCGCUGAUUUUAGCCCGACUGUGCGAGGAAUUAUUGAGAAAAUGCCCCAGUUGCCGACGAAAUGGCUGUUGAAUGAUCGGGAACAAAUUCAUCAGUGGGUAUUUGAGGGUGGAAGGGUCGUGCUUAUGGGGGAUGCAGCUCAUGCGAUGCUACCUCAUCAAGGUACCGGUGCCGGCCAAUCAAUCGAAGAUGGCUACGUGCUCAGCCGCGCUAUUCAGGACUACCUGCAACGACAGCCCAGACGCACCCUCGAAGCAUACACCCAAUUGUAUCAACAGGUCCGACUGCCGCGUGUGCAAAGGGCACAAGAAACGUCCCGUCAGGCUGGCCAUGUGUACGAGAUGCAGACCAGCGAGAUGGUCGGGCUCAGCUACGAUGACUGUUUACCCAUUGUGUGCGAGCAGCUGAAGGAUCGCAUGAAGUGGGUGUGGAAUGAGAACCUAGAUGAAGCGUAUGAAAGGGCGAGAAGCGUUGGUAUAGACAAUUAA